AUGUCAAAUUUUCUUAAAACAGGUCGAAAAAUCGUAGCUAUUGGACGUAACUAUGCGGAUCAUGCUAAAGAAUUAGGAAAUGCCAUUCCCAAAGAACCUUUCUUCUUCUUGAAACCAACUUCUUCGUACAUCUCUCCUGGGCAAGGUCCGAUCGAGAUUCCCAAAGGUGUUGAUAUGCAUCAUGAGGUCGAACUAGGUGUGAUUAUCGGUAAGGAUGGACGUGAUAUCUCACAAAAUGAUGCAGAUAAUUACAUUGCUGGAUAUACCCUGGCGAUUGACUUGACAGCUAGGAACGUCCAGAACGCAGUUAAAGCAAAAGGAUUACCUUGGUCAACUGCCAAAGGAUUUGAUACUUUCUGUCCAGUUGGCCCAUUCAUACCAAAAUCGAAAAUAUCAGAUGUAUCAAAAGUAGGAUUACAUCUAAGUGUAAAUGAUAAAUUGAAACAAUCUGGAUUAACAAACGAUAUGAUCUUCCCUAUACCUAAAUUAAUUGAAUUCGUUUCUGGUAUUAUGAAAUUAGAGGAAGGUGACCUCAUCCUGACUGGUACUCCAGCAGGUGUAGGACCCAUCGUAGCAGGUGAAAAAUUCUCAGCUAAAUUGACUUAUCCGGAACUAGAUGGUGAAGUUUUAAGUGAAUAUGAAUUCAAUGCUGAAGAUAGACAAGGUGGAUACGAGUUUAAAGCUUAG